ACAUCGGUAAAUCUGCUAAUCCAAUGAGCUAGCGAUGUACAAAUAACCUUGGAAAAGGCACGUUUUUUAGCAGUUUUAUUCGUGGUUAUAUGACGCGACUCUGCGUUGUACUGCGUCUGUAAGACAGGCAGCCAGAUUGCUGAUCCAUCGUGGAUGUCUAGUGACGUAUCCGCUUCGGAGGUUGCCAGCUUCAUAGGCAAAACAUUUGGCGCAGGCGCGGCACUGACGGCUGCUGUCUACUUAGUCCGCAAAGUCUGCCUGAUAAUGGCGUGGAAAUCCGGGGGAGCUAGCCACGCAGAGCUCGUCAACAACCUCCGCAAAAAUGGCAUCAUCAAAUCGGACAAGGUCUACGAAGUGAUGCUGGCCACAGACCGGACCAAUUUCUCUCGUUGUAACCCUUAUAUGGACUCCCCGCAGUCCAUAGGCUUCCAAGCAACCAUCAGCGCCCCACACAUGCACGCCUACGCCCUGGAGCUUCUACACGACCAGCUGUACGAGGGCGCCAAAGCCUUGGACGUGGGCUCCGGCAGUGGAAUCCUCUCGGUUUGCUUCGCACGAAUGGUAGGUCCUAAAGGCAAAGUCAUUGGCAUCGAUCACAUCAAAGAGCUCGUCGACGAUUCUGUAAACAACGUGAAGAAAGACGACCCCAGUUUGAUCACGUCGGGGCGAAUCACACUAACAGUUGGAGACGGACGACUGGGCUACACGGAGGAGGCGCCUUAUGACGCCAUCCAUGUUGGCGCCGCAGCAUCAACGGUCCCGCAAGCUCUCCUGGACCAGUUGAAGCCCGGCGGACGCCUCAUCCUGCCCGUGGGCCCGGCCGGGGGCAACCAGAUGUUGGAGCAGUACGACAAGCUGGAGGACGGCAGCACCAAAAUGAAGCCCUUGAUGGGGGUGAUAUAUGUGCCUUUAACGGACCGAGACAAGCAGUGGUCCAGGGAUGAACUCUGAACAGCAAGACAGUCCAUAAUCGCACCGUUUAAAUUUCAAACCCUGGAGGAAACUCAGACUGGGGGAAGGGUUCAAGCAGUCCUUACACUAAAUUCAUUCAUAAUCAUCACGGACUUCUUUUCCCCAUUUCUCCUUUUUUCCCCCCGCCAUGCAAUACAAGUAUUACCAAUAUCGGAGAGCGCUGGACUUUGUUGACAAAAGCUUGUAAGAUGAUUGACAUAGUUCAACCUCCCUGCUAAUAAUAUAUACAUACAAGCUUUAGCCACCCUCUCGAAGAUAGCAGUAUUAGCAACACAAUGGCUGACAUAAACCCUCACAUCCUGUUUGCUGAGCAUCGUUUAAACAUCAACCACACGUGCAAAGACGCUACUUUCCUCGCACGUCGUCACACGCAAGUGACUUUUGCCAAAAUAAAUAUCAAGCAAAUGAAUGUCUGGUGUCUUCGGGGAGGGAAAGAAAUGAAAUCUUGAAGCACAUUUUAUUUUCUGUGAUAAAAAUAUGGCUGUCAACUUCUGGAAUGGCAUAUGACAAUAAAGAGUUGCUUAUGUUUUA